AUGCCCACGCACCACGCGGACGCGAUCCAGUUCGCCGCGUCCCCCACGGACAACAUCUUCGACCUGAUGGACCAGCAUGGCUACGUGCCGCCCAAGUGGCUGAGGCGCACCGUGGAGCCCGGCUGGGAGGGCGUGGAUAUCCCGGCGUGCCUCAAAGUAACGCCGGUGGUGGCAACGACGAAGAAGGUGAAGGUGCUGCCUGCGGGCGCCGCUGCGAGUUGUGGUGCGGACGGGGGCGAUUUAGGGCUGCCCGUGGACGGCUCCACGUUCGUGGAGUUCUACAACGACGUCGUGGACGCAAUCAAAGGGGUGGAGCGGGAGGAAAAGAUGACCAAGACGAGGCUGGUGGGCAGGGCGGGGGACAGAAUUGAGUUCCCGAGCGGUUUGGUGGUGGAAUUCUGGGUGGCGAGGCGCAUGGAGGAGCUGGUGGGCUACCACGGGCGGUUUCCUUUGCUGAGGGUGCAGGACUAUAAGGGGAGCGUGCCCAGGGCGUGGAGGCGGCGCGGGGGGAUGUUCUUCGGGAUGCUCCGAAGGGAGAGGAUGCGCAUUUGCCUGGAGGCGGACGCCCGGAGGCCUGUGGCGGUCAAGUCUUGA